GUGUGUGUAAACGACCUAUAAACGUGUCAGUUAGUGCGUUAUAAACAACAAAAACAACAACAACAACAACAACAACAGUUGUGAUCAUGAACGACCGUGAAAUUAGCUGCAAUUCGGGCGGCCAAUUUAUGGAUCGCGGACGCAUGAAUCAGAAUGGCGUUGUCCAGCCUCUGCUUACCGAUUUAUAUCAAAUAACAAUGGCCUAUGCCUACUGGAAGUCGGGCAAAACGGACGAUCAGGCGGUCUUUGAUCUCUUCUUUCGCAACAAUCCAUUCCAUGGCGAAUUUACCAUUUUUGCCGGCCUAGAGGAGUGCCUCAAGUUUUUAGAUAGCUUUCAUUACUCGCAGAGCGAUAUUGAAUACCUGCGGCAAACACUGCCCGAGGGCAUUGAGAAUGAGUUCUUUGAGUAUUUGGGCAAUUUGACAGCUCAUGAUGUAACGCUUUAUGCCAUUGAUGAGGGUACUGUGGCAUUUCCCCGCGUGCCCAUCAUAAAGCUUGAAGGACCCUUGAUAAUUGUACAACUUCUGGAGACAACGCUGCUCACGCUCGUGAACUAUGCCAGUUUAAUGGCGACAAAUGCAGCGCGCUAUCGCAUGGUGGCUGGCAAACACGUUAAACUGCUGGAGUUUGGGCUGCGUCGAGCGCAGGGACCGGACGGAGGACUAUCCGCAUCAAAGUAUUCCUAUACAGGCGGCUUCGAUGGCACCUCCAAUGUGCUGGCUGGUAAACUCUUUAACAUACCCGUCAAGGGCACUCAUGCUCAUGCCUAUAUCACGAGCUUCAGCAGCGUGGGUGAGCUGAAGACGCGUCUGCUCAAGCACAAGCAAACGGGUGUUAUGGAGGAUCUGCUGGAGCAUGCCAUACGGCAUCGACAAUUGUUGUCGCAUGUCCUCGAUGUAUCCACGGAGGAGUCCAGCGAGGGUGAAUUGGCGGCGAUGGUCUCGUAUGCGAUCGCCUUUCCGGACGGCUUUAUGGCUCUUGUCGACACGUACGAUGUUAAGAGCCGAGAAACAGAACAAGUCACACAAGUCUCAUACGUACAAACUGAUAUCAAAUCAAGAACUAGUCAGCCAACGAAUGGCAUUGGCAAUGCCCCUCCAACGCCACCAGCCACGCCCCAUGCCCAAAAUGGUCAAAGCAAUGGACACAAGAUCAAUGGCCAGAUCAAUGAGCACCAUUUGAAUCAUUUGAAUGGGUUCUCCAACAAACAGCUCACAGAGCCAACAAUAACAGAAACAGCCUCUGCAACUCCAACUCCAACUGCAACUGCAACUGCAACAACAGCAGAAGCAACUGCAACAACAACAACAACAACAACAAGAACUCCAACAAUCAGCACCUCAUCGUCCAAUGGGGCGGCGUACCUACCAAAAUAUGUCGAGAAGUCAUUCAGGAGCGGACUGUUCAAUUUUAGCGCCGUGGCGCUGGCUCUCAACGAUCUGGGCUAUCAUGCGCUGGGCAUACGCAUUGACUCUGGCGAUUUGGCCUAUUUGUCCUGCCUGGCGCGCGAGGCCUUUGAGAAGGUGGCGGAACACUUCAAGGUGCCCUGGUUCAAUAAGCUGACCAUUGUCGCCUCCAACGACAUCAACGAGGAUACCAUACUCAGCUUGAAUGAGCAGGGUCACAAGAUCGACUGCUUUGGCAUUGGCACUCACUUGGUUACCUGCCAGCGACAGCCGGCCUUGGGCUGUGUCUACAAGCUGGUGGAGAUUAACGGCCAGGCGCGCAUUAAGCUCAGUCAGGAUGUGGAGAAGGUCACCAUGCCGGGCAAUAAGAACGCCUAUCGUUUGUAUAGCGCCGAUGGACACGCUUUGAUUGAUCUGCUGCAAAAGGAUUCGGAAAUGCCGCCGGCUGUCGGCCAGAAGGUGUUGUGCCGUCAUCCAUUUCAGGAGUCCAAGCGCGCCUAUGUCAUACCCUCGCACGUUGAGUCGCUCUACAAGAUCUACUGGAAGGCGGGAAAAAUAUGCCAGCUGCUGCCGACGCUGGAGCAGGUGCGCGAGAAGGUGCAAAUCUCGCUGAAGACGCUCCGCAAUGAUCACAAGCGCACGCUCAACCCCACGCCCUACAAGGUGGCCGUCAGCGAUAAUCUGUACAAUUUCAUACACGAUCUGUGGCUGCAGAAUGCACCAAUUGGCGAACUCUCAUGAUCUAUAUAAGCAGCCGACGUUGGCCGCCGUACGAAGUACGAAUUCCGCAGAAAAUUCUACGCCCAUUGCACACAUUUAUUUGGUCUAAUCGCAACGCGAUUUUAGUCAUUUGCUGGUCAUAUGCAUUAAUUGUAAACAUUUGGAAUAGUUGACGAUUCCAAAAAAAAAAAAAAAAACAAAAAACUAAACAGAAGAAAAUCUUUGUAGCGUGACAUUUGAAACAAAGCCGACUUUCAAUGUGCAAAAUUGUGUUUUUGCGCACAAAUUCAUUUAGUACCAACAAUAAACCAUAUGUAGCUUAUACAUAGUGAUUCUUAACUUAAAUUUCUAUAUAUACUACAUAUAUAAACGCACAUCAUAUUCAGGAAUGUGUCAUGUGCCUUACACAAAAAUAUCGUAAACUGUAACCAAAUACUUAAGUCGAAAAACGAAAAGCUGGAUGUAUUUAAUAUUUUUAGUCGUUAAGUGUUGUAUGUUGCUAACAAAAAAGAAAAGAAAACCCAAUCUUAAACAAAAACCUAAAACAAAUCAGUUUGAAGUACAAAUGUUUUGCUAAUUAGUUGCAUGUAUAGGGCGGCACACGUAAAUGCACACUUACAUAUUUAACAAAUUACAAAUGCUUAUGUUUAAUUAUAAUCAAGUGUAAAUAUGUUCAAUCUAAUAAAUGUAAGCCAGAAAGCUGUACACAAUACACUACACACUACACAGUCAAACAAAACACACGUUGAUUAAAUGAGCGCUUCAACAAA